AUGACCUCGAAUCUCGACUUCUCAUCAGAAGGUCUUUUAGACCUGAACUUCGACCAACGAGACACCCGAUAUUCUUUUACCUCCACAAACAUGGCGUCCCGCUCAAGUUGGCCAAUGCCUCUGGAGAUGGCCUCAGGAGCCGCUGACGAGAGACGCGAGACUUCUCCAGGCCACAACACUCAGCAGCAACAGUAUCCCCAGGCUGGCCAUAACAAUUCCCCAACACUCCUCACAGACUGGCCGAUGCAGCAACAGCCUCAGCAGCAGCAGCAUCAACUGCCCCAGUAUUUACAAGACAACUCAUUGAUGGGAACCCAGUUCAACGCGUUUGGGGGAAACUUCCAGACUUCACCUCUCGACUAUCACAAUCUCUCGUCAACCCAGGCUGCAUUCGAAGCCGGACUUCAGAUGGAGGCUCCAUUCAACGGAUUGACACAGACGGUGGAACAAGCAGCAAUGUGGGCAAACUGGCAAGAAAUUGAGAAUGCGAUGAACUUCAAUGGAGCAAACGAUGGGUUACCGAGUAUUGGUCGUCAAAGCUUGGGUAGCAACUCGCCGACGGGCACGUAUCUAGAGGUUCUCUCACUUCCUAGUUCAAGUAGUGAUAAUGGAUGGACCACCGUGGAGCAAUAUCCAAAUUAUGAAGCCUAUCAACAGGCCCAUAACACCGCAAUCUUCAAUCCUGGACAGACCUUACACUUGCGGAGUCACUCGGACUCGUCACAAUCAGACGGUACUGGCCACACAAUUGAGUCCUUUGGGAGCUUCGAAGACAUCUCGUAUCCUCCAUACUCUCCUUACUCACCUGCCUCUGAUAACUACGUCGACCAAUCUGCCCACCGAAAUUGUUUCCAUGGUGAAAGCCAUCAUCACUCACCCCAGACGGUUAGCCAGACCGUGAGUCCUGCCGCCGCCGUUGCCCCCGUACCCAUCAAGAUGUCUCCCUCGAAUAGAACCACACCAUCCACCACCUCUUCACCGCCUGCCAGGAGAAACUCGGCGCCACGUAAGAGUCCGACUGCCAAGGCAACAAAGCCUGUCAUCCGUCGGACCUCGAAUGGCAAGAAGGAUACUGAGAAGCGUGUGGGCAGACGUCGUGGGCCAUUAUUACCAGAGCAACGCAAGCAGGCCAGUGAGAUCAGAAAGCUUCGAGCAUGUUUACGAUGCAAGUUCCUCAAGAAGACGUGUGACAAGGGAGAGCCGUGCGCUGGCUGCCAGCCAUCUCAUGCUAGACUGUGGCAGGUGCCAUGUACUCGCAUUGACAUCAAGGACAUUGGAUAUUUCAUGAAGGACUGGCGAGCAGAUUACGAGCGUCACGUUGGUCGUGGCGUCUCGGUCUACAACAUCAAGGGGUUUUCUCAGAAGGAAGAAUUGAUCUGGAUCACCCACGGUUAUGGCUUUGCUAUUCCCAUCAUGGCACGUGAGGUAUACGUUAGUGAUGACAGUUGCUUCGCGGUCGACUGGGUCGAGUCUGAACAUGAAGAGCCACUGGACUUUGAUGUUCGCACGGAGAGAAUGUCUGCAGGAUCCGAGGGUGUCUCAACCGAGGCGCUGUCCGAGUACCUCGACAAACAUCUCGACGGUCCAUUUGAGGAGUUCAUUGACGAGUACUUUGAAGGCACGCCCUUCAUAACCGAAAUUCUCAAGACUGCGCAUCGCUACUACACGAAGGAGAAGGUCCCUGUCAUCCGGAAAGCAUUAAAGCUCGUACUUGCCUACAACCUCACCCUGCACGUUACCAUGGUUGAGCAACGAGGCGACGAGGAGCCAAUGGAGGGCUACAUUGACGAUGAAGAGUCCAAAUUUAACGGCAAGACCAUCGCACCCGUCAUGAUCAACUUCCAAAUCAAGUGCGCUCUCGCCGACAUGUGGCGUGAACUGCAGAAGGAGAUCCUUGAGGAAUUGUCGUCCUUGUACUCCAGCGUUUACAGCGGUGACAGACUCAAGAACUGGCCUACGAUCUUCAUGAUCGCCUCUAUUCUUCUUGCUGUCUGGGAAGAGAUGCAGUUCGACUCGCAUUACCGUGUCCCAGACAGUGCUGCUGUUGACAAGUUCUGCAACGAUAUGGAGACGACUCCUGUCGGUGUCAUCGUCGGUCUCUUCCAUGCCAUCUCGCAAAAGCUGCCAGCUUUCACUGAGUGGGAGACCCGAAGACACGGUCAAUUACUGAACAACAAUGUGGCCGUGUGUGAAGCCAUGACAGAAAUGAGGGAGCAUGUUACCAAGCAUGAAACCUACCUCAAGACGCGACCAGACGCCAAGUUCGACCGACGAGACUUCGACUGCUUGUCCAACAAGUUCCUGUCAAAGCUCGUCAUCCGCGCCAACUAG